AUGGAGCAGAGGCAGCCCCUCUCUCCUGCCACGCUGCGGAGCUUCGCCCGCGGCCGGCGCAGUUAUUUCCUGGGGGUUUGGUCUGUGGUGAACAAAAAACUGUUUGUGGGUGGCUUGGACUGGAGCACGACACAAGAAACCCUUCGUAGCUACUUCUCUCAGUAUGGAGAAGUUGUAGACUGUGUAAUAAUGAAAGACAAAACAACAAACCAGUCUCGAGGAUUUGGAUUUGUCAAAUUUAAAGAUCCCAACUGUGUGGGCACAGUGCUGGCCAGUAGACCUCACACGUUAGAUGGCCGAAAUAUUGAUCCAAAGCCAUGUACACCUAGGGGGAUGCAGCCAGAGAGGACACGACCGAAGGAAGGAUGGCAGAAAGGAUCCAGGAGCGAUAACAAUAAAUCAAAUAAAAUUUUUGUUGGUGGGAUUCCUCAUAACUGUGGCGAGACAGAGCUCAGGGAAUACUUCAAGAAAUUCGGAGUGGUCACUGAAGUUGUAAUGAUCUAUGACGCAGAGAAACAGAGGCCCCGAGGUUUUGGAUUUAUUACUUUCGAGGACGAACAAUCAGUGGACCAGGCUGUCAACAUGCAUUUUCACGACAUCAUGGGCAAAAAAGUGGAGGUGAAGCGCGCGGAGCCUCGGGACAGCAAAAGCCAAACUCCAGGGCCGCCCGGUGCCAGUCAGUGGGGAAGUAGGAUCAUGCCAAGCGCUGCCAACGGCUGGGCAGGUCAGCCCCCUCCGACCUGGCAGCAGGGAUACGGCCCUCAAGGGAUGUGGGUGCCAGCAGGACAGGCGAUUGGUGGAUAUGGACCACCUCCUCCAGGAAGAGGAGCUCCUCCACCACCACCACCAUUUACCUCAUACAUAGUCUCUACACCUCCCGGGGGAUUCCCGCCUCCGCAAGGAUUUCCACAGGGCUAUGGCACCCCUCCACCAUUUAGUUUUGGUUAUGGUGCUCCACCUCCUCCGCCUGACCAGUUUGCCCCUCCUGGAGUACCCCCUCCGCCCGCCACUCCAGGGGCAGCACCACUAGCUUUUCCUCCACCACCACCACCAUCUCAGGCAACUCAGGACAUGAGCAAACCCCCAACUGCUCAGCCAGAAUUCCCUUAUAGUCAGUUUGGGUAUGGACAAGACUUGAGUGGGUUUGGACAAGGUUUCUCUGAUCCCAGCCAGCAGCCCCCUCCCUACGGAGGCCCCUCGGUGCAGCCCUCCAGCGGCCCCCCCGCCGGAGGCAGCGGGUUUGGACGAGGACAGAACCACAACGUGCAAGGAUUUCACCCCUACCGGCGCUAGCGGGGGCUGGCCAUCAGGGAGUUCUGUCCACGCAGGGAUGUCUGGAACCAGCCCAACCCAGCAAUCCCAGACUUCUGAACUUGUGACAAUCACAUACUUGAUGGAAGAAAAACCUAACAACGUUUUUUUGGGGGGGUUUGGUUGUUUUUUU